AUGGCGGCCGCGGCUCAGGCGCUGAGCGGCUGCGGGCUGCUCCUGGCCGCCGCCGCCCUGGCGCUGCUCGCCGUGGCCAUCGGCACCGACUCGUGGUACGAGACGGACGCGCGGCGGCACCGCGAGCGCUGCCGCGGCUUCGGCCACAAGCGCAGCGACCCGCCGGGCUCCAUGUCGGCGCCCAGCUCGCACCUGCCGCUGCGCGCGCGGCCCCCGCGGGCCCUGCUGCCCGGGCGGCCGCCCGCCCCCGCGCCGCCCGCCGUCGCCGCCGCCCUGGACUCGCACUGCGGCCGCCGCUUCAACUCCACCGUCUCGGGGCUCUGGCGGCGCUGCCACCGCGCGGGCUACGAGCCGGACAGCGAGGAGCUCAUCCGCAAAGGUGUUAUUCAGCGCUGCACUGCUGUGAAGUACCACUACACCUCUAGCUCGCUGCCACGCAACUUGCCCGUUAACAUCACCAACACCAUCCGGCAGGAUGAGUGGCAUGCGCUCCACCUGCGGAGGAUGACAGCUGGCUUCAUUGGCAUGGCGGUCUCCAUCAUCCUCUUUGGGUGGAUUAUUGGUGUGCUGGGCUGCUGCAAGCAGCAGGAGCUCAUGCAGUAUGUGGCCGGGCUGCUCUUCCUGAUGGGAGGUACGUGCUGCAUCAUCUCGCUCUGCACAUGCGUCGCUGGGAUCAACUUUGAGCUGUCGCGCUACCCUCGYUACGUCUACGGGCUGCCCGAGGACAUCAGCCACGGCUAUGGCUGGUCCAUGUUCUGCGCCUGGGGCGGCCUGGGCCUCACGCUGCUCGCUGGCUUCCUCUGUACGCUGGCCCCCUCACUCAACACGUCUCGGGCACCGGUACAAAAACCCAGACAAGAAAACGGGGCUGUGUGACCCCCGAGGGAGCGAGCCGAGACUCUGGGAAGCUCAGCCUGGGCAGAGUUGUGGGAUACCACCAGGAAGAAGCGGCACGUCAGCACACGGAGAGCGGUGCCGGAGCUGUGCGAAUACCACCCUGGGGGUGCUGCUAGGACUUCAGUCUUAGACAUUGCAAGCAACUCCAGGUUCGAAUUAUUGCUGAUUUGCUCAUUGAUGGUUUAAGGGGGAAUGGUUCUUUUCUUUUGUUUUAUUCUCUUCUGUUUACAAGGGAUUAAUUUCAAGGCUGUGGCUUUUUUUGUGCUCUUUUCUGAACUGUACCUCAUGGUCCUGUUCUUGUCCAUUUGUAAGGAUGUUUACGCACCAACUCUAUUGCUGCAGGUCUGUUGUAAUUCAGACCCCAAUUAGGGCAAGGAGGUGGGUGAAGUUGGCUUGAACACUUUUGCAAGACAUGUCUCRUGUCAGCUCAGGCCAUCAUUUCCCAAAAGAACCUUGAUCUAAGCCGAGGUUUAGGCCAAAGAAUUAGCCCAUUCUUAGUAUUAAUUCAUCUAAAGCAGAAAGCUGUGCUGGUCUGUGCUAUAGGAUCAGCUAUUUAAUYAAGCUGAUUGAGUCUGGAGCAGCAAGACUGAUAAAACUCUUGCUGGCUUUAGGAAAGCAGGGGAAAGUUUUCCUCAGCUUCUUACACAGGUAAGGUUACUCAAACAAUAUAUCCUUGUUUUAAUGGGGAGAUUCAUGCAACGUGCAGCUUACAACUGUGCUGCUGGGGGCCCACGGCAGGUGUUUGUAUACRAAGGUAAGUCAUAGUUAGAGCUGCUGGGAUCAGCUUUCACCAGGCUAGGUGUGGGUGUGAUGCUGUUCUGUGAAAGGAGAUGGGCAGCUCCCCCUGAGCCUGAAUAGCAGACCUGCUCGCCUGGCAGGCAAGGUACAGCCCCCGGUAACUGAACGUCCAAAGGAGCUGCAGGGUUUUCCUCAGGAACGUGGGGCUUCUGCUCACUUCAGCCCUCCCCCCCCUUUAUAUCUCCCGUGUCUCCCCCACGCAGCAAGGCGGGAACACACGUGCUCCCCUGGCACAAGCUCCCGCUCCAGGAUGAGUGGGAAGAGCCUUGGAACCACUGUAAGCACCAGGGCUAACUCAGGAACAUCAGCCAAAGUGCCGGGGGUGCAUUUUUCUUUCAUUCAUCUGUUCUUUCUUCCCUCACAUUCCCCACCCCUCUCCCCAGCUUUCAAAAACUGCACAGGUAAAGAUGCGAUGGCCAGCAUUUAGGGAUGUUUACAUUGUAUUUCAAAUACAAUACAGUGGCAUGUAAGAUAUUUAAUGAUAAAGUCAGUGUAUUUAUGAAAA